AUGCAGCCAAAUCACUGCGACCUGCUCGGUCAGGUGCGCGAACCCAGAGCCGCAAGUCAACUGAUACGCGAUGGCCACUCGCGCAAUCAGAAUGGCGACGGUGGUCAGCCUCGUCCAUCCGGUGCGGCGCCCAUGAGAUCAGAAGACUCGUGGAUCGAAGUCUCAUCUCAGCCCUCGUCCUCGUCGCUCUCCUCCGCCGCUACGAACGACGAUAUCAUUACAACCGGUCUCUCGGUGGAGCCCCGCACGGCAGCCAUGUAUCAGCACCGCAGCCGGCGUCGGCGGGUGCAACAUCUGGCUGCCGUUGCGACCGCGCAGGUAGACUACUCGUCGAACACUGCGAAUAGCAGCAGCCAGGAAGAAUACGAGGAGAGUGAAAGCGAGUCCGAUCCCCCGAUGAGCAGUUCCAACGAAGAUAUUGGCCCGGCCCUCCGCGCUCCGUUGCCAGCCCCAUCGUCUAAUGACGGCGACGCCUCUAGCGAUGAUGAUGAUGAUGAUGAUGACGAUGCAUCGACGGCUCUGGGAAUGGGAAUAAGUCCAUCUCCGUUCGUUCCACAACCGAACGUAUUCAGCCACCCCCCAAACACCAGUGACCCGUCAUGGACUUGCCCCAGCGAGAACCGUCGGUCCCAACCAAGCGUACUGUCCACCUCAAGCCGCCGCACCUCCAUCCGACGAGAUUCAUACCCGCCCAGUGCAAGGGCACCUCGUCGGUCCCAGCAGCCGCAGCAUAGUCCCUAUAACAUGUUUUCGCCCUCCCACCACGCAGACCACGACGCUGCUCUCCGAGCCAGCCUCUCAACCCUUCUAUCAUGCGCUGCAGCAGCCCGCGGCCUGCCAAAAUCAGAUGCCCAGCCAGCCCCCCGUCGUCCCUCAGGACCCGCCAAUCCAGCAUCUUUCCGACUUGUAGGCGAGAACGUCGCAAUGGGAGAAGAAAGUGGCGAGGAAGCCCCCUCAUCCCACGACACAGAAACCAGUCCUUCAGUGGGUCCACCCCGCCACAGACAUCCCCGCUCCCCCGUACCUCCACACAUCGCCAAAACAAAGCGUCGGUCCGUCUCGCCAAAAGAGCGCAGUGCGACGUCAAAGAAGAGCCGGCGUGCCAGUUUGGCCGAUUCGACUACGCCCGUCAGUCCCACAGUCAUGACCUGGGUGAUCAGCGCCGGCGUCGUAGUCUUGUUUUCGGCGAUCAGUUUCUCGGCGGGAUACAUGCUCGGUCGGGAGGUUGGUCGGACAGAGAUGGGACUGAUGACCGAUGGCUCUGUUCCAGGCGCACGAUCGUCUGCGGCGUGUGGCCAGGAGGCAGUUCGUGGUGGUCUAAAGCGGUUCCGAUGGGGUACUGCUGCAGCAGGCUCUGCGAGUCUGGCCUGA